AAACGAAGAGUCAUUUUUUGUUCGCCGAGUGACCUUAUCUCUCCCAAUUCUCUCUUCUUCAAAAGAGAGAGAGCAGCCAAAUUCUCAAUCAUAAAAACCUUCACACAAAAAAGGGUAAAUUCCUUUAAACCCUAUCUAUCUAUCGCUAUCUCCUUCCUCCACAAGUUUGGCGGAGAAAGAGUCUCAGUAGCAAAGCGGAAAUGGACUCAAAGUCGGUUACUCCAGAACCAACCAACCCCUUCUACGCUUCUUCGGGGCAAUCAGGAAAAACCUAUGCUUCUGUUGUCGCCGCCGCUGCUGCUGCAGCCGCCGAUAAGGAGGAUGGUGGUGCUGUGAGUAGUGCCAAGGAGUUGGAUUCCUCAUCGGAGGCUGUGUCUGGUAAUUCGGAUAAGGUUGGAGCUGAUGAUUUAUCUGACUCCGAGAAGGAGAAGCCGAAUUUGGUGGGUGAUGGGAAGGUUUCCGACGAGGUGGAUGGUUCUUUAAAGGAGGAUUCUACUACUCCUGAGGCUACUCCGAAGCCUGAGGUGGUUUCUGGUGAGACAAUUGGUGUAGAUGAUGUUUCAUCGUUAUCUCCGAAGCCGGAGGCUGUUUCUGAUGGUGUAGGGGUUGUGGAGGAGAAUAAGAAGGUUAAGGAGGACGUGGAGGAUAUUAAAGACGAUGGUGAGAGUAAGAUUGAAAAUGGGAGUGUUGAUGUUGAUGUGAAACAGGCUUCCACAGAUGGGGAGAGUGAGAGUAAAGUGAAGGAUGUGGAAGAAGAAGAUGUUGGAACAAAAAAAGAUGAUGAGGGGGAGAGUGAGUUGGGUGGAAAAGUUGAUGUUGACGAUAAAAGUGAUAAUGUUAUUGAAGAAGAGGGUGUGGAGUUAACUGAUAAAGGAGACGUCAUUGUGAACUCGUCCCCUGUAGAAUCAGUGCAUGUUGAUGUGGCAAAACCAGGGGUGGUUGUUGUAGGAGACGCAGAGGGAAGUGAGGAGUUGAAGAUUAAUGCUGAUGCUGAAACUCUUGAAGUGGCUAAUAAGUUUGAUCAAAUUGGGGAUGAUGAUAGUGGUGAAUUUGAACCUGUGUCUGACAAGGCCAUUGAGGAGGUAGAAGAAAAAUUUACUAGCGAAUCAGACUCUAUUGCAGACUCCUCUAAGUUAGAAUCUGUGGAUACCAGUGCUGUAGAGCCAGAGGUUGUAGCUGCCGAGAGUGGGAGUGAACCAAAGGAUGUGGAAAAAGCCAACGGAUUGGAGAAGGGUAUGACUUAUGCUGAAGUAAUCAAGGCAGCUAGUGCAGUAGCUGACAAUGGAACCAAAGAGGAGGAGAGUGUGCUCGGUGGCAUAGUCGAUGAUGCAGAAGAAGGUGUUAAGUUAAACAACAAAGGAGACUUUGUGGUGGACUCAUCUGCUAUUGAAGCUGUGAAUGUAGAUGUGGCAAAGCCAGGGGUUGUUGUUGUUGGAGACGUAGAGGUGAGUGAGGUGCUGGAAACUGAUGGCAACAUCCCUGAUGUGCAUAAUAAGUUUGAUCCAAUUGGCCAAGGUGAAGGUGGUGAAGUUGAACUUGAAUCCGAUAAAGCCACAGAGGAGGGAGGAGGAAAGUUGGUUAGUGAAGGAGACUCUAUGGUUGACUCCUCUGUGGUGGACUCUGUUGAUGCUGAUAUCAAUGUUGCAGAGCCAGGGGUUGUGGUUGUCGGGGCGGCUAAGGAGGCUGUAAUUAAGGAAGAUGAUAAAGAUGAUGAGGUUGACAAGACCAUCUCAAAUAUUGAGGAACCUGAUGACCUGACUGCUGCAUAUGAUGGAAAUUUUGAAUUGGCUGUUAAGGAAAUAUCAGAGGCUGCCAAAGUAGAGCCAGACGAACCAAAAGUAGGUGUGGAAGUAGAAGAAUUGCCUGUUUCUGAAAGUUUAAAAGUGGGUUCAGUUGAUGCAGAAGAGGAUUCAAUUCCUGCAGCUGAGUCACAGUUUGAGGUUCGGAAAGUUGUCGAAGGGGACAGUGCUGAAGAGGAUGAAAACAAGCUCCCAGUCGAAGACAUUGUUUCUUCUCGUGAGUUUAGCUUUGGAGGCAAGGAAGUGGACCAGGAACCUUCUGGCGAAGGUGUUACCAGGGUUGAUGGGUCUGAAAGUGAAGAAGAAACUGAAGAGAUGAUAUUUGGGAGUUCUGAAGCUGCAAAACAGUUCUUAGCAGAGUUGGAAAAGGCUUCUUCUGGUAUAGAGGCACAUUCUGAUGAAGCAAACAUUUCUAACAAUAUGUCAGAUAGGAUUGAUGGCCAGAUUGUCACCGAUUCUGACGAGGAUGUAGACACAGAGGAUGAAGGUGAGGAGAAAAUGUUUGAUACUGCAGCUUUGGCUGCGCUUUUGAAGGCAGCCACUGGUGGUGGAAGUUCAGAAGGUGGCAAUUUUACCAUAACAUCUCAGGAUGGCACGAAGCUUUUCUCUAUGGAUCGACCUGCUGGUUUGAGUUCAUCGUUAAGGCCCUUGAAGCCUGCAGCAGCUCCACGUGCAAACCGUUCCAACAUCUUUUCCAAUUCUAAUGUCACAAUGGCAGAUGAGACUGAGAUUAACUUGAGCGAGGAAGAGAAACAGAAAUUAGAAAAGUUGCAAAGCCUCCGUGUGAAGUUUUUGCGGCUUUUGCAAAGGUUGGGUCAUUCGGCAGAAGAUUCAAUUGCAGCGCAGGUUCUUUACCGUCUUGCACUACUUGCUGGGAGACAAGCAGGGCAGUUAUUCAGUCUUGAUGCUGCAAAGAAGAAGGCUGUGGAGUCUGAGGCUGAGGGCAACGAAGAAUUGAUCUUCUCCCUAAACAUACUGGUCCUUGGAAAAGCCGGGGUGGGAAAAAGUGCUACUAUAAAUUCCAUUUUGGGAAACCAGAUUGCGUCCAUUGAUGCUUUUGGGCUCUCAACCACUUCGGUUAGAGAAAUUUCUGGAACGGUGAAUGGUGUCAAGAUUACCUUUAUUGAUACUCCGGGUUUGAAGUCUGCUGCGAUGGAUCAAAGUACAAAUGCAAAAAUGUUGUCCUCUGUAAAGAAGGUAAUGAAGAAGUGUCCCCCUGAUAUUGUACUAUAUGUAGAUCGUCUUGACACCCAGACCAGGGACUUGAACAAUUUGCCCUUGCUAAGGACGAUUACUGCUUCUCUUGGUACAUCCAUAUGGAAAAACGCUAUAGUGACAUUGACCCAUGCGGCUUCUGCCCCUCCUGAUGGCCCAUCUGGCACCCCAUUGAGCUAUGAUGUGUUUGUAGCGCAGUGCUCACAUAUUGUGCAACAGUCUAUAGGACAGGCUGUUGGAGAUCUACGCUUGAUGAAUCCAAGUCUGAUGAAUCCAGUUUCACUUGUUGAGAAUCACCCCUUGUGUAGGAAGAACCGGGAGGGAGUGAAGGUUCUCCCGAAUGGCCAAACUUGGAGAUCUCAGCUGUUGCUAUUGUGUUACUCCCUGAAGGUUUUGUCAGAAACAAAUUCUCUAUUGAGGCCUCAAGAACCAUUGGACCAUCGUAAAGUAUUUGGUUUCCGAGUUAGAUCCCCGCCUCUCCCUUACUUGUUGUCUUGGCUGUUGCAGUCCCGUGCACAUCCUAAGCUCCCUGGAGACCAAGGUGGUGAUAGUGUUGACUCUGAUAUCGAAAUUGAUGAUGUGUCUGAUUCUGAGCAGGAAGAUGGGGAAGAUGAUGAGUAUGACCAGCUGCCACCAUUUAAGCCUCUUCGAAAAACCCAACUUGCAAAGCUCUCAAAUGAACAGAGAAAGGCAUAUUUCGAGGAGUAUGAUUACCGUGUAAAGCUCCUGCAGAAGAAGCAAUGGAGAGAGGAAUUAAAGAGGAUGAAAGAAAUGAAGAAAAACGGGAAGAAGCUGGGUGAAAGUGAGUUUGGUUAUCCGGGAGAAGAAGAUGAUCCAGAAAACGGGGCUCCAGCUGCAGUGCCAGUUCCAUUACCCGAUAUGGUUUUGCCACCUUCAUUUGAUAGUGAUAACUCAGCUUACCGAUACCGAUAUCUGGAACCCACUUCACAACUCCUAACCAGGCCAGUGUUGGAUACCCAUGGUUGGGACCAUGACUGUGGAUAUGACGGCGUCAAUGCAGAACACAGUCUUGCUCUAGCUAGCCGGUUCCCUGCCACAGCUACUGUCCAAGUCACCAAGGACAAGAAAGAGUUCAACAUUCAUCUGGACUCCUCUGUGUCUGCUAAGCACGGGGAGAAUGGAUCCACCAUGGCAGGGUUCGAUAUUCAGAAUGUAGGCAAGCAGCUGGCAUAUGUGGUCAGAGGAGAAACCAAAUUCAAGAAUUUGAGGAAGAACAAGACAACUGUUGGAGGGUCAGUGACAUUCUUGGGAGAGAACAUCGCCACUGGGGUCAAACUCGAGGACCAAAUAGCACUGGGGAAAAGGUUGGUGCUUGUGGGCAGCACUGGGACAAUGCGAUCACAGGGAGAUUCGGCCUAUGGUGCGAACCUCGAGGUCAGGCUUAGGGAAGCUGAUUUCCCAAUUGGACAGGACCAAUCUUCUUUUGGGCUGUCUCUGGUAAAGUGGAGAGGCGAUUUAGCCCUUGGAGCCAAUCUCCAAUCUCAAGUCUCUGUUGGAAGGAACUCAAAGAUUGCGCUUCGUGCAGGACUUAACAACAAGAUGAGCGGACAGAUCACAGUCAGAACCAGCAGCUCGGAUCAGUUGCAAAUCGCUCUCACAGCCAUUCUUCCAAUUGCCAUGUCCAUCUACAAGAGCAUUCGACCCGAAGCGACGAACGACAAGUACAGCAUGUACUAAAUAUGCUGAUGAAUGCUGCAGAAUGAUCUUUUCUUUUAUUACUGGUUUUUAGUUCAUGUUUUUCCCCCACUUUAAUAAAAACUUUGUUGAAGUUUAUCAAAGUUGUAUUUUGGUUCUGUUGAGAGGUUCCCAUCGGAUUUAAUUUAUCAUGUAUCAGUAAUUCUUCACUUUCAUUAGCCCUUCUCAGCUUCUCUUGCUGUUCUUCAGAUAAUGGAAUCUAGUUCAGUCUUCUUUUGGUCUACGUCUCAUGCUAAUGAUGUUGCUUGGUUUGAGUUUGCUAAUUUGUUACUAAAUUUCUGCAGAAGAUACAAAUCACUCGGUGAAGAAUCUUUAAAGCAGGAUCUUACUGUUCUUCCUUGGUCCCUUGAAGGCAAUGCAAAGCCUCUAACUUAAAGGAUGACCAGAGUCUGCAAAUAUAUGGCUGGCUUUACUCGCAAUUCUUUGGGUAGCCACAAAGUCAUCAGAGUAAUGAGACGAGCAAACAGUUGGAGAUAAACACUAGGUGGACUUUCUUCACCCUGCGUUUACGGCGGUCAAGACAUGACAAAGCAAGGAAACUUUAAGGAUAAGAACGUUCAAAGUCUUCUUAAGUCAACUUCUUUCGCCAGGAGAAACGUUCCAAAAAAUUUCUCACUGAACCUUCUCGGAAGCUGGCCUCUUGGUGAUUUCAGCCACCCACUCAUUGACACGUGGACGCUCGGUGAAGAGCUUCUUGGUGGGAGUUCCGAGCAGGUAUUGAAUCGCGGGAAUGUGGUGAAGAUCAGUCAAAGUGAAAGUUUCACCAGCCAAAUACUUGAACUCCUUGAGCCUAGCCUCGUAGACAUCAAGGACCUUGGCUAACUUAGCCUCCUCUUCUGCAACAACGGCUUCGUCUGUGGUCAAGCCGUAGAUGGACUUGAAUAUUUGUUCAAAAGCAAGCUUUGAAGCCACUGGGUCGAACUGGUGAUCUUCUACUUGCAUUCCAAUGGCCAUGAUUGCGUACUGAGAUAUGUUCUUGGAGUCGGUUUGGAGAAGGUUGGUUCCUUGGUUUUCAUAUCGAGUUGAGAUUGAAGAUGAUGCAUGGAAAAGGUUCAUACCGAAGAGCUUGAGGUCUCCAUCUUCAAAGGCUGGAACCUGACCAAAAGGCUGAAGAGGAAAGAAGUUCAAACACAAAACAUUUGAGAUGCAGGCCAGAUACAUGAAAACAGUUGGUCUCUUGUCUUACAACAACACAUAGAUAUAUAGAUAUACUUACGUUGCGGGAGAGGAAAGGCUCCUUCUUGUGCUCACCGUCUUUGAGUUCGACAUGAACGAGCUCAAAGUCGAGGUUUUUCUCGUGGAGGGCGAUGAGGACUCUCCUGGUGGCAAUGGAAGCUGGGUGUCCGAAAACUUUGAUACCUGCCAUUGAUUUGGGUUACUAAGAAACUCUUUGAAGACUGAGAAAAAAGAGAGAAAAGAGGAAGAAAUGUGAUGUUUGAUGUUGAAGGUGAAGGUGAUGAAAUAAGACACAAGUAAUGAAGGUAUUUAUACAGAAGCAUUUCUACUUUCUCAUUAAUGUUUAAUAUUAUCUAACAGAUAAUAAUGCCUCUACAAGGCCAUCGCAACCAAUAUUGACUAGUCUUCUUCUUCUGGGAGGAUUUUUCAAAGCUGAAUUGGAC